ACACCACCCACUGUGCGCUCGGCCCGCCCUUUUGAUGGCGGGGGUUUUUCUUAGUGGGCGAUGGCACCCGAUUCCAGGCCCCAGGCCACUAAUGACCUCAGACCUCGCAGGCCCUGGUCAUCGCUUCGGUUUCGUUGACUGGACCCGGUGAAACGCCGACGCGUGCCGCGAUUUGACAUGCAUCAAUAAUUUGUUGCAAGAUCUACAAAGUUCGUCACGGCGAAUCGCGACAACCCAUAACCUCCAAGGCACCCGCUGCGCCUUUCAAUCCCUCCCGCUCACCGAUCCCUACCACCUAACGUGCACAUUAUUCAGUUCUAUUGCCGGCCCCAGCGAACAAGAACCUCAAGAUGAUGCACCCAUCGCGGCAGGCCUAUGUCGAAGAGGCCCAGUCGCCCGCCGGCAUCGCGCUGGAGGACCUCCCCGAUGACCAUGACUACGAGAUGAAUGUUGGAAACUCGGAGAAGGCAUCGGCAGUGCUCAACCAGUUCAACCGAAAACGACUUGCCGCGUCUAUAGCCGUGCCCACCGACGAUGGGCGUGUCCGCGCAAGACUCCGAGAAAUGGGGGAGCCUGUCACAUUGUUUGGCGAAGGAUUGGCUGAUCGAAGAGACCGCUUAAGAGAACUUUUGACAAUCCAAGCCGAGCUCGCGGGAUUAGAGGGCGCCGACACCGAAAUGGAUGAUGCGCCCGAUGAGCCAGAAGAUGAGCAGGAGGAGGAGUUCUACUCUAGAGGAGGAGCAGAGCUCCUUACGGCGCGCAAAAAAAUAGCAGAAUUCUCCCUGCCUCGAGCAAAGCGGCGGACGGCGUUUCAGAAGUCGGAAUCUACAAUACCACUACGAACCCACGUCAAGUUCAGGAAGGAGAUCAAGGACAGGCUCAAGGAAUUCGAGUUGCAGGGCAGUCAGACAGUUGGAGAACGCCACAUCAGUAUGACGAGGAUCUCACCCAACGGAGAGACCGUGGCCGUGGGGAACUGGGGAGGCCAGGUGAAGCUUGUGGAAAUACCCAGUCUCACGGAGAAGAUGACUUUUCGUGGACACACAAACAAAAUCAGUGGCUUGUCGUGGUAUCCCGGCGCCACGCUCCCAGAAUCCGGCGUAUCUCCUGAUGCGGUCAACCUCGCAUCUGGUGGCGCCGAGGGCAUGGUCAAUCUGUGGUCUUUGAAUCAAGAUACGCCUUUGACGACUCUACAGGGCCAUUCGCAAAGAGUGUGCCGUGUCGAAUUUCACCCUUCCGGACAAUAUCUAGCAUCAGCGUCCGACGAUACAUCAUGGAGGCUAUGGGAUGUUGAGACCACCGCCGAGGUUCUCCUACAGGAAGGCCAUUCCAGUGGCGUAUAUGCCAUCAGCUUCAACACAGACGGCUCCUUGUUGGCAAGUGCCGGUCUGGACAGCAUAGGGCGGAUCUGGGACUUGCGGUCUGGCCGUACUGUCAUGAUCCUUGACGGGCACCUGGACGGUCAUAUCAAACCCAUACAUGCUCUCGACUGGAGUUCCGACGGACACCGUGUUUUGACCGGUUCCGCCGAUGGCUGGAUCAAAUGCUGGGACGUUCGAAAGGUGCAAAGGACUGGCGGUAUCGGCGCUCACAGCAGUGCCGUCUCCGACAUGCGAUGGUACAAGGGACUCGACGACCCACUACAAGGGACGCCACCAGGCGCCGACGACAAAGGCCAUCAGAUUCCCAAGAAGUCUGGUACAUUUUUCGUCUCAAGUGGCUUUGACAGGAACGUCAAGAUCUUCUCGGCAGACGACUGGACUCUCGUGCAAACACUGAGCGGUCACACAGGGCCAGUAACUAGCGUGGACUAUAGCAGAGACGGUAGGUGGAUUGUCAGUGGAGGGCAUGAUCGGACCGUGAAGCUCUGGGGCAGAAAUGACGGUGCAGCGCUCUAAGUAAUGAAGGCUGGGCAGAUCAUAUAAUCUACAGCUUCAUAAUCGCAAGAUACCCAACUUUCGUACGUCAAUGCGUGUAAGCCCUCAAUCAUUUGCUACUGCAGAACUUUACGUACAACUUCAUGUUCGAACCUUGAACCUUGAUGAGUUGGUGGAGAUGGUCAUCAUGUGACCACAGAGUUCGCGAUUAGAUAAGGCCCUUGAAAGUCCUCCCGCCUUCAGUCGUCGACCAAG